AUGAACAAUUCCAGAAUACCCAAACUUUCCUUUCAUAGUGGUCCCAACGGUACUAUUCGUGAAUUUUCUAAGACCAAGAGGCAAAAAGUCCAGAAAAGAGACAUGGAUACGGUACUGGCGCCUAAUAACAACAAACUAAAUAUACUACAGGGAUCUGGACUAGGUAUACGACGUAGUUUCACAGAUGAUUCCUCCAUCAUGCACAAAAAAAAGUUGACCUUCGGGGGAGACCCCAAGGUAAUUGAGAGAGUGAAGAACAAUGAGCGCAGAGUCAGAAAAGAUAUCGAUUCGUUAUUGAAUGCCAUUUCAGAAAUUGAAAAAGAAUCCGUUCGUGUUCAUAGUAGAGAACUACCUACAAUAACAUCAGAGUUAGAUGCCAAAGUCAGAGCAUGCAAAGAACUGCAAAAUGAAAUCAAUAGGCUAUCAACGGAGAUGGAUCUGAAGGAUAAUCAAUGCGAUUUGCAACGAAAAAAUAUCGAAUUAUCGUCCAAAAAUAUCGUUUCUAUGCAUGCCGUGACCGUACAAGAGUUUGAAAACGACUUAGAAGAAGAGAUAUCGAAUGCCAAAAGGGAAUGGACAUAUAAAUUAAUGGAGGUGGAAAAUCUGAAACCAGAUGAAAAGCUAACUGAUGAAAUGCGACAGCUUAAAGCAGAAUUUGAAGAAAUCAGUAGGGAAUGGUUUAUUUUACAAAACGAAAAUGACAAAAAGCGUAAAGAAUAUGAAAAUGAAUUGCACAAGGAAUUUGAGUUAUACAAGAAAACUAAGAACGAUGCUAAACUCGAGCUAGAUCAAGAGCAAGAAAGGCUCUUGAGGGAGCUCGAAGAGUUACAGAACACUAACGAUAGAUUACAAGAAAACGUCAAGGGAUGUGUCGAUGAAUUUAAUGGACUCGAACAAAGGAUUAAAGACUCAGAAACAAACUUGCAUGAAAUGGAACAUGCCGUCGUUCCCCUGAGGAAAGAACUUAUUCUCACAUCACAAACUUUGACUCAAGUGCUGGAUGUGAAAAAGCAAAUUGAAGGAAAGGCGAAUAGUUGGAAGAAGAAGUAUGACAAUGAACUAGAUAAAGUCCAACAGGAACAGUUCACACGACAAAACCUGGCCACUUCAAUAGAACAAAUCAAAGGGUAUGCGCGAUGCUUUGCAUACGCCAAUGAGCGGGAAAUGCCCGAUGAGUUCCAUAUCAACUACGUGGACCAAAGCAUUUGCCAGGAGGGUGGCCACAAACGUGUACAAGUGUUUGAUAGAAUAAUCCUCGAAGAGAUUCAUAAGGAUCACAAGCGGUUAUUCAAUGAGUGUGCCCCAUUUUUAAAGAAAUAUAUCAGCAAAUUGGUCAAUUGCAGUAUCGUUGUCGUAUCCCAGCAACUUGCAGCACCUAUUAAGAUUACCUUUUUGGAACAGCUAUUCAAACAGUACGGCGAGGGAUAUAACAUGACAUUGAGAACUGUGCGUUUCGACGGGAACACCGAAGACGAAAGCGAUGACGUUAAACUGAACGACCUGUCAUCAAUCAAAAACCUGUCACAAGAUGAAGAAUGCAUGUGCGUCCUAAGUUUAGACACCAGACUGAAGAACUAUGAAGAGUCUCAUUCGAUGAAUAUAUAUAUCGGAAAUAUGACCGCUUUGCAACUGAGUAAAAGGCUCGACGAGCCUCCCUCAGCGCUUUCACAGGUGCUCACUAAAACUAAGCAGUGUUUUAUUUUCAAGAUUAACGCAUGCGAAAACAUCGAGAAGACGCUAGCCCUAGCGGGAAAUCUAAAGAGAACAAUACGAUUACCUCAGCUAGAUUGA